AUGUCUCUUAGUCCAUUGUGGACAGGGGUGAUCCUGCUUGGGACCUUAAAGAAUCAUUUCCAGGAUUCUGCACCAACCCUGUCAAAAGUUCCUCCGCAGUCUGAUUUCCAAGCAAAGAAGUUCCAAGGGAAAUGGUACGUCAUCGGCCUGGCAGGGAGAAACAUCAAGACUGAAAGCCUGGCCCACAAGAAGAUGUAUGCUACCAUAUACCAGCUACAAGCAGACCACAGCUACAGAGUCAUCUCCAAUCUGAUCAAGGGUGAGUCCUGUGAUAUUGGAUUCAGGACUUUUGUCCCAAAGGGUAUACAAGGUCAAUUUGCCUUGGACAACUUGAAAGGUAAGUGUGGGGACUUCUCACUCAGAUGA